UUUUUUUAUUCUUUCCUUUGUCUCUUUAUAAAAAAAGAACAAACGCCUUUUUUUUUUCUUACUCUACACAUUCACUUGUCUGUUCAUUCAUUCCCAGGAAAAAGAAAAAGAAAAAGAAUCUUUUUUUUGUUCUGAAUCUCUGAAUCUCAUUCAUCUCAUCUUACAUAACUUGCAUAACUUGCAUAUUAUCUUAUUUUGCUUUGUCAAGCAAAAUAUAUAUUAUCACAUCACAUCACACACUUCACUUUCUCUUAUUCACCAUCGACUCUAAAAAAGAAAAAUCUCUUUAUCUCUUCCUUUUCCUUUCCCUCUUUCUGCCCUCUCACAUUGUUGCCAUUAUCGUUACCAUGGACCACCAUAUCCAAAUCGAACACUUUGGCGACGAGAGUGAUCGGUCUCAGUCUCAGUUUCAAUUUCCCUACACUUCCUACUACGACACAAAUAACUCAAUCGAACUUGAUCUCGAAGCCGUUGAACGGGAUCGAUUUGAUCGUUUAAGCAAUUCCAGUACUCUUGUCGGAGGUACCAGCCCACUCCGUCAUCCUUACUCCCCUGAAUUCAACUCCAACAACUCUUACUUUAUCGACGAUUUCAAAUCUAAUGGCAAUACUAUUGCAACCAUUGCCACUACCACUACCACCGAUACCGAUAUCAACGCCACUACUACCAUCACAUCUGCAUCAGUAGCUGCUCCUGCCAUUACAGUUUACAAAGCAAGAAGAAGGAAAUAUGAUGGCACAGAUGAGAACGAAAAGAAGAAAACGAAUGGAUCUUUGUGGUAUCGAUUCUUUUAUUCCGAAGGAGGCCGCCUUACUUGUGCAGUCGUUUACUUUGUAGUGAUUUGUAUUGGGAUGGCGUUUUGUAACCAGCUAUCGGAUCAUCGAUGGGUCAAUACAGGAUAUACAGAUGUUUUAUUACGAGAUCGAGGGUUUGAUGUGAUUGAAGCUCAAGCCGAUAUUCAACCAGCAAACACAUUUGUGAUGACAUCCGUAGUCUUUACAGUGUUGGGGAUUGGAUUGAUCUGUCCUAACUGGACGAUGCGAGGGAUCGUCUUGAGACGGAUUCUUUGGGUGAUCGGGACGUUGAGUGCUUUUAGAGCUCUGACGCUUUCCGUUACUACAUUGCCUACACCCAAAGAGGAAUGUCGUCCUAGUUUGAAAACAGGCUUUUGGGAUAUGUUUAUAGUUGCAUUGCAGAUGAUCCCAGGUACUGUAGAAGCUUGUACGGAUGAUAUCUUUUCAGGACAUACUGUUUUCAUGGUAUCUUGUGCCAUCCAAUGGAGAUUGUACUGCAGGAACAAGUGGGUCACCUAUUUCUCGUAUUUAUACAUCAGCAUCGGACUCUAUUAUGUUAUCGCAACUCGUCUACACUAUACAGUCGACGUGGUCUUGGCCAUCUUCAUCACUUUUGCUGGCUGGUCCGUCUACAUCUGUAUGAUCGAUGUAGUGAUGGAGGAAGAGUACUUUGGCAUCAAAAGUCAUCACGAAAAGUACGCUGUCUUCAAUACUGCCGCAGCUGAAUAUGAAUUUGUCACUCAGGAGCAGGACAGAGCCAUUGAUGAGGAAGAUGAAGAGGUUAAAGUGACAAUAUCAUCAACCACAACGUCAACAACAUCGACAUUAACACCAAACCCCACAAAGAGUCAAACAAUUAGCUCAAGAAGAAAGCAGCUUGAGUAUCAUAUGAACCGUCUUCGAGGACCACGUAUUGGCUAUGGACGAGGGGAAUAUGAUCGUGUCGCAUUCGUACCCAUGCAAUUCAAUUUGUGGCUGAAGAAUGUGGUCCGUUGGUGCGAUGGCCUUGAUCUUCGCAUGAACCCGUAUAUUGCAGAGAACCCUUCAACUGGUGAGCAAGAAGAGGAGGAGGGAUUGUCGUCAUUGUCAUCAUCAUCUCGCUGGAACGAAUUGGUGGUGCGGUACCGUGCAGAGCUGGCCUCUAUCACUGGUGCUCGAUGUGAUUGCAAGAAGACGGAUGGCGAGCUUGAAAAUAAUUUGAAUGGGUAUAAUGAGUUGGGUCGUCACAGAGAGAUGGUGCAAGUCUAUCGUAGCGGUUCUGGACUCGAGAGUGUUCAUAUUCACAACUACAUGGAAGAAAGGGGGCAGCAACAGCAUGGGCGCUGGCGUUCAAUGGCUUUGCGUACUUCUCCUCGAUCCCGGAGUCCGGACUUGAAAGCAGCCAAAGCUAAGAAGAUGGAGCGUAAUAGAAAGCUGUUCGUUUUGAAGAUUGCUCUAGUUAUUUUUGUCAAUGUUAUCUUGUUGAUCAAGGUCAUUGAGACGGUCCAAAACAACAGCAGUGCUGCUGCAUCUUCUUCACAAUGGCCUACAGAGAUGAAGACCUAUCCUGGCGGUACCAUCUAUAAUAACAAUAACAGCUACCCCAAUUCACCAACAUCUCAUGCUACUGCUCCCUCUGGUCCAUCUUCUCUUUUGACACCCUCGACACAAGAUGAGGAGCAUCAAGUACAAGCAUCACCAGAAGAGAGUGAAGUUGGAAAUGACAGUAAUAAGGCCGGUGCAAUUGCUGUGGCUCUAGAUGAUUACAAGGUUAUCAAAGAAGCGGUCCAUCAUAGAGGCAUCCAGCGUCGUAAUUCUGUUGGAAAACGCAACCUAAAACAGGCGGAGGCUAUCUAGAGUACAUUUUUUCUCCUCCUGCUUGAAUCUUUUUUACUUUCCCCCCUUGUAUUAUACUAGUAAACGUUGUACUAUCUAUCUCUUGUAAAUGUAUUCAAUAAUC